ACCCCUUGGCCUACUCCUCCGAAGAGUACGUGAAGAAGCGGGAGCAGCACUUGCACAAGCAGAGGCAGAAGCGCAUCUCGGCACAGCGGCGGCAAAUCAAUGAGGAUAAUGAGCGCUGGGAAACGAAUCGCAUGCUGACCAGUGGUGUGGUUCAUCGGAUUGAAGUGGACGAAGAUUUUGAGGAGGAUAACUCUGCUAAAGUGCAUCUGUUGGUGCACAACCUGGUGCCCCCUUUCCUGGAUGGAAGGAUUGUCUUCACCAAGCAGCCAGAACCAGUCAUCCCUGUGAAGGAUGCCACCUCAGAUUUGGCCAUCAUAGCCCGGAAAGGCAGCCAAUUGGUGCGCAAGCACAGGGAGCAAAAGGAGCGUAAGAGGGCUCAGCAUAAACACUGGGAGCUGGCAGGCACAAAACUGGGAGACAUUAUGGGGAUCAAGAAAGAGGAGGAGAAGGAUGAGAUGGUGACAGAAGAUGGCAAAGUGGAUUACAAAACUGAGCAGAAGUUUGCUGAACACAUGAAAGAAAAAAGUGAAGCCAGCAGUGAGUUUGCCAAGAAGAAAUCGAUCCUGGAGCAGAGACAAUAUCUGCCCAUCUUUGCUGUGCAGCAGGAGCUGCUCUCCAUCCUCAGAGACAACAGCAUUGUGAUUGUGGUGGGGGAGACGGGGAGUGGGAAGACGACUCAGUUGACACAGUACCUCCAUGAGGAUGGCUACACAGACUAUGGCAUGAUUGGCUGCACCCAGCCCCGCCGAGUGGCGGCCAUGUCGGUUGCCAAGCGGGUCAGCGAAGAGAUGGGGGUGCGUCUGGGAGAGGAGGUGGGCUAUGCCAUCCGCUUUGAGGACUGCACGUCCGAGAACACAGUGAUCAAAUACAUGACAGAUGGGAUUCUUCUUCGUGAGUCACUGCGAGAGGCUGACCUGGACAACUACAGUGCUAUCAUCAUGGAUGAGGCACAUGAGCGCUCACUCAAUACUGAUGUGCUCUUUGGCCUGCUUCGGGAGGUGGUGGCCCGACGCUCAGAUCUGAAGCUUGUUGUCACUUCGGCCACCAUGGAUGCAGAUAAGUUUGCCUCCUUCUUUGGGAACGUUCCUAUUUUCCACAUUCCUGGGCGCACUUUCCCUGUUGAUAUUCUUUUCAGCAAGACCCCACAAGAGGAUUAUGUGGAGGCUGCAGUGAAACAAGCCCUGCAGGUCCAUUUGUCCGGUGCUCCCGGAGACAUCCUUGUCUUCAUGCCUGGCCAGGAAGACAUAGAGGUGACCUCGGAGCAAAUUGUGGAGCACCUUGAGGAGCUGGAGAAGGCGCCUGCUCUUGCUGUGCUGCCUAUCUAUUCUCAGCUACCAUCAGACUUGCAGGCCAAGAUCUUCCAGAAGGCUCCAGAUGGGGUCAGGAAAUGCAUUGUUGCCACCAACAUUGCGGAGACUUCGCUGACAGUGGAUGGCAUCAUGUUUGUGAUUGACUCUGGCUACUGCAAGUUGAAGGUUUUCAACCCCCGUAUAGGCAUGGAUGCACUGCAGAUCUACCCCAUCAGUCAAGCCAAUGCCAAUCAGAGGGCAGGCCGAGCUGGCCGAACAGGCCCAGGCCACUGCUUCAGGCUCUACACCCAGAGCGCCUACAAGAAUGAGCUGCUGACAACCACGGUGCCCGAGAUCCAGCGCACCAAUCUUGCCAAUGUAGUGCUUUUGCUCAAGUCCCUGGGUGUGCAGGACCUGCUGCAGUUCCACUUCAUGGAUCCACCCCCUGAGGACAACAUGCUGAACUCCAUGUACCAGCUGUGGAUUCUGGGGGCCCUGGAUAACACAGGUGGUCUGACCUCAACAGGACGUCUCAUGGUGGAGUUCCCACUGGAUCCUGCACUCUCCAAAAUGCUGAUUGUCUCCUGUGACAUGGGUUGCAGCUCUGAGAUCUUGCUCAUUGUCUCCAUGUUGUCUGUGCCUGCCAUCUUUUAUCGGCCUAAGGGCCGAGAGGAGGAGAGUGACCAAGUGCGGGAGAAAUUUGCUGUUCCAGAGAGUGAUCACUUAACUUACCUGAACGUUUAUCUGCAGUGGAAGAACAACAACUAUUCUACAUUGUGGUGCAACCAGCACUUCAUCCAUGCCAAAGCCAUGCGGAAGGUGCGGGAGGUGCGUGCCCAGCUCAAGGACAUCAUGGUGCAGCAGCGGAUGAGCCUAGCAUCCUGUGGUACUGACUGGGAUGUUGUCAGGAAGUGCAUCUGUGCUGCCUAUUUCCAUCAAGCUGCAAAGCUAAAGGUGAGUGGUUAUGUGAACAUCCGCACAGGCAUGCCCUGCCACCUGCACCCCACGAGCUCUCUGUUUGGCAUGGGCUACACACCAGACUACAUUGUGUAUCAUGAGUUGGUCAUGACCACCAAGGAAUACAUGCAGUGUGUCACUGCUGUGGAUGGAGAGUGGCUGGCAGAGCUGGGCCCCAUGUUCUACAGUAUCAAACAUGCUGGCAAGUCACGCCAGGAGAACCGCCGCCGUGCUAAGGAGGAAGUGUCUGCCAUGGAGGAGGAGAUGGCUUUGGCUGAGGAGCAGCUGCGUGCCCGUCGGGAGGAGCAGGAGCGCCGUAACCCACUGGGCAGCGCAAGAUCUACUAAAAUCUACACCCCUGGGCGGAAGGAGCAGGGGGAGCCCCUGACACCACGACGCACCCCAGCCCGCUUUGGCCUCUAGGAAGGCAGUGCCCGUUGCUUUGAGGCUUAAAGACUGCCAGGAGCAGCUGAGUCUUAGGAGAGUGCCCAGCUCCUCUGACCACUCUCCUCUGUGAGGCUCUCUACAGCUUGUGGCCUGGGAAGGCUUUGGGGCUUGGCACUGAUUUUGUUACGGAACAGAAAGAAUUUUAUUUGUUUAAAGGUUG